CUAUGCCUAUACAUAUACCUCAUCUGUGACAGUACUGUAAACGUAUGCUAUUAUUGUAAUUUAAUUCUUAUUGAAUUGGGUUCUUAGGUUCCUUGCGCCCAAAGAUUGUCUCUAAAUUUGUUUAUGAGACACGAACUGAUGGAUGUGCUUGUAAAAAAUUACGUGUAGUAAUUUAUUACGGCCGAAAUGUCGUACAAAAUUGGGCAACGUGUCGAAGUUCCUGGCAAGGACUGUCAAGGAGUAAUUGCUUAUAUUGGUCAUCCUAGUUUUGCAUCAGGAAAAUGGAUUGGAGUAAUACUUGAUGAACCAAAAGGAAAAAACAAUGGCACUAUUAAAGGUCAAUCUUAUUUCAAGUGUGCUGAAAAUCAUGGGAUGUUUGUACGACAAUCCCAGCUUAUUUUAUUGGAUGAAGCAGGUAAUAGAACAGAACCUGCUAGUCCAUCAUCAGCAGGUAGUAGUGCUACAACACCAGAUGAAACCAGUGCAGCACGUGCCAGAAGCCGGUUGAAUAGCAUCAGUACACGUCGAAGGAACGAACCUACUGCAGUACGGAGAAAAACAUCUCCUGCCCAUGUUACCCGGCAGCAAUCUGACAAGCUAUCUGGCUCGCGAUUAUCCUUGGCUGGUAGUAGAACGCUUUUAAGCGCGCCAAGUACCGAAAGUUUAUCGGGAUCGCAACAUGAACGUAAAGAUACAGGAGAGUCACUCAUACCAGCCCCAACUUCAACUAAACGAGCUUCAUUUAUCGAGAAGUCCCCUAGCACGAGCUCGCCUCCCGGCAAAAAGCCAAAGGCCCAAGAUGAUCACAAUAAUACAGGUUUUGUAGAAACUCUGAAACCCCAGUUUGUACCUGGCCAAGUCAUGGCAGGAUCUGCAGCAGCUGCAAAUCUGGUAGAAGAAAAACUGUCGCAUUUGCAACUUCAACAAGAAAAUGAGAAUUUGAAAUCUCAGGUUCGUGACCUUACCGAGAAAGUAGAAACUUUACGAGUGAAGAGAAUGCAAGAUAAAGAAAGGAUGAAAGACUUUGAGAAAACAAAACUUCAACUUGAACAGCUUCUUGAAUUUAAAACGAAAGUUAUGGAGAACCAAGCUAGUCUUCAAAGGGAACUUCAACGAGCACGUCAAGAAACAAGAGAUGCACACGUAGCUCGAGAACAAUUCCAAGAAGAAAUGGCAGAUCUCGCGGAAACAGUAGAAAUGGCAACAUUAGACAAAGAAAUGGCCGAAGAAAAGGCUGAAACGUUGCAGAUCGAGCUGGAACAAUUGAGGGAAAAGUUAGAAGAACAGACAUUGGAUUUAGAAAUAUUGCGCACGGAAAUAUCGGAAAGGUCCGCGGGAGGUGGUUCUACUACUGGUGUUUCGAGCUAUGAAAUAAAACAAUUAGAACAGCAAAACAAUCGAUUACGAGAAACUCUCGUUAGAAUGCGAGAUCUUUCGGCGCAUGAAAAGCACGAAUUUCAGAAACUUCAAAAGGAUUUGGAUCAGAAAAAAUCAGAGAUAUUAGAAUUAGGUCGUACGAAGGAAAAAUUGUCUGCGAGAGUAGAAGAAAUGGAACAUCAAAUUGCAGACCUACAAGAACAAGUUGAUGCUGCAUUAGGUGCUGAAGAAAUGGUCGAAGUGCUUGGUGAAAAGAAGAUGGCAUUAGAGGAAAAAGUUGCGGAGUUGGAGGAAGCUGUAUCAGAUUUGGAAGCUCUACAAGACAUGUCCGAUCAACUUGCCGAAUCAUCGAAAGAAUUAGAGCUAGAAUUGCGGGAAGAACUAGACCUGGCACUUGGAGCAGCGCGUGACGCUUAUCGUCAUCGAGACGCAGCUUUAGAAACGUUAGCGGAUCGAGAACUGACGAUUACAAAAUUCCGGGAGCUUACACAUCAACUACAAGAGCAAUGCUUGCAAUUACAACAACGCGUACAAUCAACAGAAACCUCUAAAUUAGGAGGAGGAGGAGGCGCAGAGCAACAAUUGGCAGAAAUUUUAGACUUCCAGAAAACUUUCGCCGAAACACGUGCACAAACGAAAGCUGUUGAUCUUGAAUUACGUCGUUUAGAAGCCGAAGAAGCCCGGAAUCAUGUCAAGUAUUUGUUAUCCUUUAUGCCUCCUGCAUUCUUAGGACGCGGCGGAGACCACGAUGCUAUACUGACUCUUCUACUUAUACCAAGAAUGAUACAAAAGACGGAAAUACUUAUAUCGCAAGUGCGAGAUAAAUAUAGGUCUAUAGAUAAAAUUGAUAGAACAGCAGUCGUGAAGGGUCACGCAGUAGCACAGUACACGUUCAGAGCUCGUUUGUGCUCGUACAUGUACGCGUUACAAACGUUCCUAGGUUGCUUCGAUUCUGCUCUAAAUGUUUGCACUACUGAAAUGUUACUUAAAGCUGGAGCAGCUUAUCCAGAAAUGGCUGCCCAAGAAAAGGCAUUGGAUGCUUUGAUAGAUUUAGCUAAAAGGGAUCAGUUGGAUGAAAAUCUACCAAUGGAUGCUAUUGAGAAGUGUUGCGGAUACUUCUGUACUAUGUUCUCUGUCCUAUUUGGAGAAACUAUCAGUCAAGCCCGGUUAGUGGUAAACGGCACUAGAAUGUUGGACAGUUCUUGCGAUGCUGUCACGACUGAUGCUGCUGCAAUUAAAAUCUUAAUUCAAGGAGACGGCGGUGAUUUAGGUCUGCUUUGUCAACAUGCAGAAACUACGUGCGAGGUGAUUCAACAGCACUUAAGAUCAGCCAGGAGAAGGGUACUGACGGAUCAUAGCGCUGCGUUCCAUGCUGCGGAAUCGAAUUUAGGAUUGGAUAAUGACUGCACCGAACAAAUGUUCACGUGUUACCAACAUGCGGUUAAAAUGAUGAAGACGCUGCAGUCAUUGUUGAAGAGUGCGGUACAAGCAAUUAUCACGAAUGGGGACUUGGAGACAGGGCUCAGUACGGAAAAAUUAAAAGAAAUGGCUUCGAUAUCGUGUGAGAAAGUAUACGAUACCGAGGAUGUCGGGCCCGUGGCUACGAUUAAAGGAAGUCUUACAAUUAUCCAACAAUUAGCAGCGAACUUGGCACAAAAGAUGGCCGAAUACGAAAACGAGCUGGCUAUAAGCGGUCAAUUAUCGCUACAGUUAGAACAGAAUGCAGAAAAUGAAAGCAUACAACCGGUUAAAAUAAGGGCUCAAGCAGCGAAGAAAGAAGCGGAAGAAACUAAGAUACUCAGUAGAAAAUUAGAAGCUAGAGAUAGCGAUAUACGGGAAGCAAGGAUAGCUCUUAGAGAAAAGCAAGAGGAAUUAUGCGAGAUGAUUUUAAGGAAAGAUGUCGUAGAGAAAAAGCUUGCAACACAACAACACGAACAUGAAUUAAAUGUGGAGAAGUUGAAGAGAAAACUGGAAGAAGCUCAGAAUCAAUUAAAACGAAAGGAAAAAGAAUUCGAAGAGACGAUGGAUCAUCUUCAAACCGAUAUCGAUAGUUUGGAAACCGAGAGAGGUCAAUUAAAGGAGAAAUUAAAAUCUAUUGGAAAGAAAACGAUGAUGUCUCUGCCUGUAGGAGACAACGUAACAGGAAGUGUAACAGCAGGAUCAGGAAUUCAAUCAUUGGAUAAUAAAUUCUUAAUGCAAGAAAUAAACUCUCUCAGGGAAGCAUUACUCAGUGAAACUCAACAGAAGAAGAAAUUAAUGUCUGAUACAUUGCGUGAAAAGUUGGAAAGUUUAGAUCCUAUUGCACCUCCAGCAAAAUCAGGAUCAACUAAUGCAAAGAUAUUAGAAUUGAAGAAGAAAACUAACGAUCUUACUAAGGAUAUCAAGCAAGCUAUGACAUUCCCUACGGUUCCUGAUCUAAGGCGUAAGAAGAUAUUAGAAAAAACAAUGCCGUUACAUCAUCUGUUGCAACGUCAAAUAAUUAUGAGAGAAUUAAAAGACCGAGCUGAUCAGUUGGUUGAUGAAGUUCGCGAGGAGAUUGUAAAGAGAACGGCAGGAGGAAAGGCUGAAGCGAACUUUGCAGUAUUUCCAAACCGUGAAAUGGCAGCAGCGAUGCAAGAAAAUCAAUUAUUUGCUGCGGAAGUGGUGAUUCCCCAUAAGGGUUCAGAACAAGUUUUGACUGUUAACGUAGGUACUCAGGAACUUAGAAAAAUUCAUACUUUACUAUGCUAUUAAGUUUGCUAGUUGUUGUCUAGUAGCACGUAUCUGAUGUGGCAGAAUAUGCUACCACACAACUGCUAACAAUUACAAUGUGGUUGUAAGAUAUUAAUUCGUAGUUUGCUUUAUAUUAAAUUCAUACAUGAGAUGUGAUAGCCGAUGAUGUUCUGUUGCAACUUAUGUACAAUUAAUCUAUUUUAUAUAUGAAAAGAGAAUAAUUAAGUUUUUAUAUCCGACGAAAGGAGCAGAUUAAAUCUAGUGAUAAUAUAUCUUUUUUGAGUGUGCGAUUUUAUUUAUUUGAUCGGCUAUAGCACGAUGACCGGUGCAUCGUAGCUGGUAGUCUGUAUCAUUUUGUUCUUUUAUAAACUCAAAUAUAUCAUUACUAUUAACAAUUUGAACAAUCAAGUUCUGCGCCUCUAUGACUUCUGUAUAAUAUCUUUUAUGAAUUAUCAAAUAUAUGACUUAAAAAUAUUUACAUAAAUAUCCUUUACAUUAUCCCAUGUGUCAAGAAUAUCGCAACACAGUUACUGGGAGCAAGUAUAUCGUCCAUUUUGAACAAUAUGUUACUACCAUUCUGGAUAACUAUAAUAAUUGUGUAUUGCCAUAAAAAUUGACACUUAAUGAAAUGGAAACUAUAAUACAAUGUUUCAAUUUUUAUUUAUAGCAAUAAAAGAAGCAGUAAACCGUUGAUAUAUCCUUCAUUAUUUAUGAAGUAACGUAUGCCUUAAUUACUGUCAUAAUUUUAUUAUACAUACACACACAUAAAAUGUUAUCUGUAUACAAUGUGGUCUCGUAUCAGUCAACAUGAUAUUUAUACUAUCUGUCUUUUAAACAGAACAAAAAAAAAAAAAGAGAUUA